ACAAGAAGCUUCAGAAUAGAGAUUGAACAGAUCAAGGGCGCUGAAGAUGCUAAUCAUGGGUAUGCGUCCGAUUCAUUUCGAUUUAGGGUUGGAGGAUGAGGCUUUAGAGGAGACGGUAGAGGAGGAGGAGAGUUCUGAGGAGGACAAUGGUUCACCACUUCCGAAGAGGGCUAAGACAGAAGACGAGGAAAGCGAUAGCGAUGGUUUUAAUGGGCCGACCCCGACGAAAGAGCAAAUGGAUAAAUAUUAUGCUUACCAGAAUCACGUUCAAAAGUAUCAUGGUUUUCAUGUGGACAUGAGUUUAUGGCCGGAGGGCGUUGCUAUCAUUGGUGGGAUUGAGGCUAUGGACAUUGAGAAUGAUGCAACCCUCAAAGCUGAUGUUCAUGAGGCAGCUCGUCGUGCAAUAAAGAUGCACAAAACCCAGAACCCCAAGAGUCCGGAGCUGGAACUGGUACGGGUUAUUCGAGCCAACACAAAUUGCUAUGUUCUUUUCAUAACCAUGGUGGUUAGAGACGUGGAUUCGGGAAAAGAGGCAAAUUAUCAAGCAGCCGCCAACUACGCGGCAAGAAAAGACGGAUCCGAGAUUUUCCGAUUCUUCUUCUUAAGGCCAGAACCGAAACACCAUAGAGUGGAAGAGGGGGUUAGUACUUUCUAAAUGAAUUUCACUAAAUAAUUUCAUGCUUUGUUUAUGUAAAGUUGAUGGCCCAAUUACACUUUCAGAUGUUGUGCUUUAAUGCAAAAAUAAUUCUUUAUUUUAUUAUGAC